GUCGUUACCUCGAAGCUCGAAUGGGUUUGCGCCAAUGCAGAAAAGCUUCCGUUUGACGAUAACUCGUUCGAUCUGUAUACCAUAUCAUUUGGCAUCCGAAACUGUACCCAUGUUGAUCAGGUUGUUGCUGAAGCGUUUCGAGUUUUGAAGCCUGGUGGUCAUCUUGCUGUUUUGGAAUUCAGUGCAAUCAAUCCCAUACUUCGCCCGUUGUAUGAUGCAUACUCCUUCAAUGUCAUUCCGGUCAUGGGACAGGUGCUGGCAGGUGAUUACGACAGCUACAAGUACCUCGUCGAGAGUAUCCGCAAGUUUCCAUGUCAGGAAGAUUUCGCAGCAAUGAUACGUGACGCAGGUUUCGAUAUGGUGUGUUAUGAGAAUCUUUCCUGUGGCAUUUGCGCAAUACACAAAGGAGUGAAGCCUUUGAAAUCGGCUAAACAAGCUCAGUAG